GUUGAUUAGUAGCGACUAGCGACAAGUGAGAGAGAAUUUCUCUUGUUCCAAUUUUUCUGAAUCUCAAAAUGGAUAUGAUGCCUCUUGAUCUUCCAACACUCUUUCCUCUCCUUUUAGCCCUUUUAGCGACGGCUUUACUCCUUCUCCGUCGCCAAAAACACCCCAAGAAUGGUUGUUGUAAUGUCCCUAAAGGCACCAUGGGAUGGCCCUUCAUUGGAGAGACUCUCGAGUUCCUCAGCCCCCAUAGAUCCAACUCCAUUGGCACCUUCCUACAACAACGUUGCUCGAGAUAUGGCAAAGUUUUUAAGUCACAUUUGUUCGGGUCGCCAGCUAUAGUGUCGUGUGACAACGAGUUCAACAUGUUCAUCCUUCAGAAUGAGGGAAAGCUAUUCCAGGCCAGCUACCCUAAGGCCAUGCAAGGGAUUCUCGGGCAGUACUCGUUGUUGAUCGUCUCCGGGGAGCAUCACAGGAAGCUUAGGGGGAUCGCAGUGAGCUUCAGCGCGAUGUCCAAAUCUUCACCUGUGUUUCACUCUCGUAUUGAGAAGCUCGCAUUCUCAAUGUUUGAGUCGUGGAGAGGGCGCAGAGAGAUUUCCUUUCUCGAAGAGAUGAAAAAGUUCACUUUGAGUUUGAUGGUGAAAACUGUUUUGAGCAUCGACCCGGAAGAACCAGUGGCCAUGAGGUUUUUGCAAGAUUUCAGAACUUACAUGAAAGGCUUCAUAUCCUUGCCACUAAAUGUUCCAGGAUCUGCUUAUGCCAAAGCUGUCAAGGCGAGGGCAAGGCUUUCGAGGACGGUGAAGGAGAUAAUAAAGCAAAGGGAAAUGACGACUACUACUCCGGCGCCGGCAAGAACCUGCAGUAACGACGGCAACUGUGGUGAUGGAAUUACGACGACCUCGUCGGGAGAGGAAAAUGGGGACUUCCUGGAGGUAAUAUUGUCGAAGCACAGCAGCAUAAGGCAAAUGAACGAUGACGAGAAAGUGAGCAGCGUUUUGGACAUUGUCUUGGGUGGUUACGAGACCACUUCCACCCUCAUUUCCCUCAUCGUCUACUUCCUCCACCGUUCACCCGCCGCGCUCCUAGCUUUCAAGGAAGAACAUGAAGCUAUAAGGAGGAACAAAGGCAAAGGGCAGCCCUUGGGGUGGGAGGAUUACCAGAAAAUGGACUUCACCCGCAAUGUGACAAAAGAAGCUGUGAGAUGUGGGAAUCUAGUCAAAUUUUUACACCGCAAGGCACUCCAAGACGUGGAAUUCAAAGGGCAUUUGAUUCCUCGUGGAUGGAAGGUGCUUCCUGUAUUAGCAGGGCCAAAUCUAGACUCGUCUCUUCAUCAUGACCAUCUUCAGUUUAAUCCUUGGAGAUGGACGGAGGACAAAGAAAUAGGGAAGAAGACUAUGGGAUAUGGUGGUGGACCAAGGGUGUGCCCAGGAUCCGACCUAGCUAAAGUCAUGGUUGCCUUCUUCCUUCAUCAUCUUGUCCUCACCUAUAGGUGGAAAGUGAAAGAAGAUGAGUACCCAAUUGCUUAUCCGUAUGUGGAGUUUCGAAACGGACUUCACGUGGAGAUUGAGCCGGUAGAAUCACAUGUUUAGAUCGAGGAUUAGGCAUACAAUAGAGAGAGACUAUGUACAUUAGUUUCGGUAUGCGGUAUUAAUUCGAGUUUUUACCCUAAGUUUAAUUCUCGUAGAGAAAAAUAAUUGUAAUUUUCUAUAAAUUGUGUGAUAGAUGCAUCUUGAAGUAUGUAAACCAAUGCUUUUUUUUUCUGUUUUAGCAGUGCUUUUGUACAUUUUCUUUAUUUGGGAGUUUGAUUUAUUUUUGGAAAAACAAUCGACAUAGUUUUGUUUCUAUUUCUAAUUUUCUUGAAUUUAAAGGUUGAUUAAACAUAAUAUGACGCA